AUGGGUGUCAAGCAAGUCUUCACGGAGUCGACCUUCGCCAAGUACAUCACGGCAAUCAGGGAGUCGCCUCGAGAACUCAUCUCGAACCGAAAGCUCUUGCUCACCGCUGCCCUCUAUGCCACGAGUGGCAUCCCCAUCACAUGGGAUCAAGGCUCCUCCUCAGUGGUGCCGUCCCUUCCCGGUUUCCAGAAGGACUUUGGAAUCACAUCGGCCACGAACCCUACUCAAGUCUCCAACUUCAUCUCUUUCGUCUACAUCGGAGCUGGCAUCGGCGCCGGCUUGUCAUUCUUCCUCAAUGAUCGCAUCGGGAGAAUGUGGUCCUAUCGCCUCUACAUGAUCAUUUGGAUCAUCGGACAAAUCAUCGCGACCGUGUCGAUGGGUAACAUCGGUGCACUCUACUUUGCUCGCAUCAUCUCCGGCAUGGGUAUUGGUGCCCUCACAGUCACUGGACCUGUCAGUAUCGUCGAGAUUGCCCCUACAGAGAUUCGUGGUCUCCUGGCGGUCUGGUUCAGCGUUGCCAUGCUGCUUUCCUUGACUGUGUCGGUCUUCAUCGUCUACGCCUGCUUCAUCCAUGUCGCUGUCGGGAGGCUUCAGUAUCAGAUCGUCUUCUUCUCUCCAACUAUCGUUAUGGCCAUCCUCAUCGCGGCAAGCUUCCUGCUCUAUGAAAGUCCACGCUGGUUGUUCAUUGCCAGACGGGACGAUGAGGCGAUCCAAAAUCUGACGGCUCUCCGAGGGCUGUCGGUCGAUCACCCCCGGGUGGCAACCGAGAUCGAAGACAUCAAGGACCAGAUCUCCAAAGAGGAAGAGAAGUUUGGACGCAACCCCGGCUUCGUCGUGCUGGUGAAGGAUGCCUUCUUGGUCCCCUCAAACCUGCGUCGUGUGCAACAGGCCGUUCUGUCGUACGCUCUCGCUCAACUUUCCGGAGCAAACAGCGUCACGUCUUACCUCGUCCCCAUCCUGAGCAUGCUGGGACUAGGUGGUGGCACUGCCCGUAGUUUGUUCCUCAGCGGCAUGUACAGCAUGGCCAAAUUCUUCUUCACUCUGAUUGCCAGUUUUUUCUUCAUCGAUGCCCUUGGUCGCCGUCGCAGUCUGUUCACGGGUAUCACUAUCCAGAUGAUUUCUGAUCUGUACAUUGGUGUCUUCAUCAAGUAUCGCCAGGAGGGUAAUGUUGCACCGGGAUCUAGCGAAGCUGCUAUCGCCGCAGUUUUCAUUCACGGAUUCGGAUACGCUGUCGGCCUCCUCGUUCUACCUUAUGUCUUCGGUGCAGAGCUGUGGCCCAACCAUCUCCGCUCCUUCGGCAGCGCCUUCUCACAGUUUUUCCACUGGCUCUUUUUCUUCGGCGUCAACAAGGGUAUGACUUCGCUGCUCAGCCAGACUCAUAACUGGGGUGCCUUCAUCUUCUUUGCGGGAUGGUGUUUUCUGUCGUUAAUCUACGUCUACUGCGUUGUUCCUGAAACAUCUCUCCAGAGCUUGGAGCAACUAGACGAGCUUUUCAAGGGACCAUGGUGGAACGUCAGUCGCAGGGCUAAGCAACUGAAGCAACAAGCUCGGGAGCAAGAAGCAAUCAUCGACGCUCAAGAGUCAGUAAGCGAUCAAAACAGCGAGCCCGAAUCUAGCAUUGAGAAGAAUGGCGCACGUGCGGUCAGCCAAAAGGUCUAA